GGUGGCCAAGAUGGCGGCGGAGCUGGUGGAGGCCAAAAACAUGGUGAUGAGUUUCCGAGUCUCCGAUCUUCAGAUGCUCCUGGGAUUUGUCGGCCGGAGUAAGAGCGGACUUAAACACGAACUUGUCACCAGGGCCCUCCAAUUGGUCCAGUUUGACUGUAGCCCUGAGCUGUUCAAAAAGAUCAAGGAGCUCUACGAGACACGCUACGCCAAGAAGAGCUCAGAGCCCAUCUCCCAGCCCCAUCGGCCCCUGGACCCCCUGACAAUGCACUCGACCUAUGACCGGGCCAGCACAGUGCCCAGGACUCCACUCACAGGCCCCAACAUUGACUAUCCUGUGCUCUAUGGGAAGUACUUAAAUGGACUCGGACGGUUGCCUGCCAAGACCCUCAAGCCAGAAGUGCGCCUGGUGAAACUGCCCUUCUUUAACAUGCUAGAUGAAUUGCUGAAGCCCACCGAACUGGUUCCACAGAAUAACGAGAAGCUUCAAGAGAGUCCAUGCAUCUUCGCGUUGACGCCCAGACAGGUGGAGCUGAUCAGGAACUCCAGAGAACUGCAGCCUGGGGUCAAGGCCGUGCAGGUCGUCCUAAGAAUCUGUUACUCAGACACCAGCAGCCCUCAGGAGGACCAGUACCCGCCCAACAUUGCUGUGAAGGUCAACCACAGCUACUGCUCAGUCCCGGGCUACUACCCCUCAAAUAAGCCCGGAGUGGAACCCAAAAGGCCCUGCCGCCCCAUCAACCUUACUCACCUCAUGUACCUGUCCUCGGCCACCAACCGCAUCACCGUCACCUGGGGGAACUAUGGCAAGAGUUACUCGGUGGCCUUAUAUUUGGUGCGGCAACUGACCUCCUCAGAGCUGCUACAGAGGUUGAAAACCAUCGGGGUCAAGCAUCCGGAGCUGUGCAAGGCACUGGUCAAAGAGAAGCUUCGCCUGGACCCCGACAGUGAGAUCGCCACCACCGGUGUCCGGGUCUCCCUCAUCUGUCCACUGGUAAAGAUGCGGCUAUCCGUGCCCUGCCGGGCAGAGACCUGCGCCCAUCUGCAGUGCUUCGACGCGGUCUUCUACCUCCAGAUGAACGAGAAGAAGCCUACCUGGAUGUGCCCAGUGUGCGACAAGCCAGCCCCCUAUGACCAGCUCAUCAUAGACGGGCUCCUCUCCAAGAUCCUGAGUGAGUGCGAGGAUGCCGAUGAGAUUGAAUACCUGGUAGAUGGCUCCUGGUGCCCAAUCCGCGCCGAGAAGGAGCGCAGCUGCAGCCCCCAGUGCCCCAUCCUCGUGCUAGGCACCUCAGACGCCAAUGGGCUCCUGUCCAGCCCCAACGUCAACGGUAGCAGUGGCAGCAUGCUUGGGGGCUCUGGAGGCGGGGGCGGCACGGUGGGCAGCAUUGAGAAUGGGAAGCCAGGAGCUGACGUGGUGGACCUCACGCUGGACAGCUCCUCAUCUUCAGAGGAGGAGGAGGAGGAGGAAGAUGAGGAAGAUGAGGAGGAGGAUGGCCCCCGGGCCAAGCGCCGCUGCCCCUUCCAGAAGGGCCUGGUGUCGGCCUGCUGACUGCUCGUCACCACCAACCGGCUGGACAUUCAAUUUUUCUGGUGCUCACCACGUGAGGGGCGCAGGCGGGCUUUGGGGUGCAGAGGGAGGAGUGAUUUUUUUUUUCUUUUUAUUGUUGUUCAUAUGGUUUUCCACCCCUGUCCCUGGAUCCUGGCACCUGUACCUCUGGACUCUCCUAUUGGAGGAUUAAAAAAAGUAAAAUUAUAAAAAAA